AGCCCCUCUAAACGGUGCUGCUGGUCUGGUGUGGGUGGCAUGCGGCGCAGAGAUAGCAGCAGCCCUCUCUGUCAUCCCCACGUGCCCAAUCCCUUCUUUCCGCUUGCUCCUCCCCCCCCUCUCUAUCCCACCCCUCUCCCUCCUCUUCCAGAGCCCCUCUAAACGGUGCUGCUGGUCUGGUGUGGGUGGCAUGCGGCGCAGAGAUAGCAGCAGCCCUCUCUGUCAUCCCCACGCGCCCAAUCCCUUCUUUCCGCUUGCUCCUCCCCCCCCCUCUCUAUCCCACCCCUCUCCCUCCUCUUCCAGAGCCCCUCUAAACGGUGCUGCUGGUCUGGUGUGGGUGGCAUGCGGCGCAGAGAUAGCAGCAGCCCUCUCUGUCAUCCCCACACGCCCAAUCCCUUCUUUCCGCUUGCUCCCCCCCCCCCCCCCCUCUCUAUCCCACCCCUCUCCCUCCUCUUCCAGAGCCCCUCUAAACGGUGCUGCUGGUCUGGUGUGGGUGGCAUGCGGCGCAGAGAUAGCAACAGCCCUCUCUGUCAUCCCCACGUGCCCAAUCCCUUCUUUCCGCUUGCUCCUCCCCCCCCCUUCUCUAUCCCACCCUUCUCCCUCCUCUUCCAGAGCCCCUCUAAACGGUGCUUCUGGUCGCGUAGUCCCUGUUCAUGGUGCUGCUGGUGGUGUGGGUGGCCUGCGGCACGUGUUACCCAAAUCCCACUCUCUCGACCUCUGGUUUCCGCCCUUCUUUGGGAGUCACCCACAUAUCCUUUUUUCCUAUCCAUCCGGCUGUCCACAUACCCCCAAUGCAUCCCCACUUUGGCACGCGACUACAUACCUGCUCUCCUCGCCCAAGCUUGUAGCGCAUGUGCAAACACAUCCGCAUGACAGCCAUCCGUUGGUUCUUCUCCCACACUCCCCUUCUCCCGCCCCCCGUUUAACUCCCGCCCUCCUCUUCUCUCCCGCCACCCCCUUCUCUCCCGCCCUCCCUUCCUCUACCGCCCUCCCCUUCUCUCCCGCCCUCCCCUUCUCUCCCGCCCUCCCCCUAUCUCCCGCCCACCCCUGCUCUCCCGCCCUCUCGCCAUUCAUUCCCCCCCGCCCUCGAUGUUCAUCCAUACCCUUUGGACAACCCUAA